UGGCCCAAUGCGAAAUAUUUGCAUCUCUCUCCUCCACUAAAAUUAAGAAAAAUGGAUAAUCCUCGAAAAAGAUAAGUCCCUAACGACUCAUGCAACAACCACAAUCUGAAGAAGGUGAAUACCACUGUGUCUCUGUUCUCAAGAAGUAAAGCUAAUGAUUUCACUAUAUCCCUAUAAAGCCUGUGUUCAAAUUCAAUCAACAUGUCUCUUAAACCCUUCAAAGCUUAUUAGGAGUUACAAAGCAAGGCCAAGGAAGGUAUCAUCACCAAGACCAAAUACAAGACAAGUUAAAUGCAGCAGUAGUGGCGGACAACAAGGAGACAAGAACCCCGACAAGAGAACCUUCUUGACACUCGAAGAAGCUGGUUUGGUGGAGAUGUCUGGUUUGAGCUCACAUGAGCGUUUUCUAUGCCGUUUAACGAUAUCGUCUCUAAAUUUAUUGAGAGUGAUAUCAGAGCAAGAAGGGUGUACAAUUGAAGAGCUGAAUGCUGGGAAAGUGUGUGAUUGGUUCCUUAAAGACAAACUCAAAAGGGAGCAGAACGUUGCCUCUGCGGUUCUUCAGUGGGAUGAUUCCGAGUUCAUGUUGUAACCCCCUUCAUUUUCUUUUGCUUUUUUAAGGGAUAAUAAUUAUUAUUAUGUUAAAGAGAGAGAGAGUGUGUGGAACUGGUGUCACUCUUUUUUGGCAUUGGAUUCUAGUGGCCUGGUAAAAUGUGCCAAGAGUGUCGCUUCUUUGUUACUCAAUAUUUUCGGAUUCGCGAUUACACGUUUUCUGGUAUGGAAUGCUUCUCCUUUGUCUUUCAAGUGUUGCUGGUAGCAGU